CGUCAGCUGCGGUCACGUGUUCCGGCGGGUCACGUGGUCUGCGGCUUCACGGCAGCAGGAGUCGCUCAGACCGGAGAGUUCAGCCUCCGCCGAACCUCCACACCGGCAGGUGGACACCAUGAACUACGUGGGGCAGCUGGCGGGGCAGGUGCUGGUGACAGUGAAGGAGCUGUACAAAGGCCUCAAUCAGGCCACUCUGUCCGGCUGCAUCGACGUGGUCGUGGUGCGACAGCCCGAUGGGACGUUCCAGUGCUCCCCUUUCCACGUCCGCUUCGGAAAACUGGGAGUGCUGCGCUCCAGAGAGAAAGUGAUCGACAUAGAGAUCAAUGGAGAACCUGUGGAACUCCACAUGAAGCUUGGAGACAAUGGAGAGGCCUUUUUUGUGCAGGAGACGGAGCAGAAUAAUGAGAUCGUUCCGGCCCAUCUGGUGACCUCUCCGAUCCCCACGGAGGAGGCUCUGCUCAGGAGCAGAGAGCCCAGAUGUGUGGAGACCAGCCAGCCUCUCGGACCAGAAGACCCGUCCUCCGGAAACCUCCAGCUCUGCUCCAGCUCGGCCGGCAAGAAGAAGAAGAGACGCAGGAGGAAGCACAAAGCUGAGCCUCGCAAGGAGGAGCAAACGACAUGUGGGGAGCUGGAGCUGUGUGAGCUGAGCUCCGAUGAAGAGCAAAAUACACACAACGGACGAGCGUCUUCGCUGUCGGUGAUGAAGGACAACAUGGACCACAGGCAACGUUCUCCGCUCACCGGCCUGGAAUGGGACAGUUAUCCCUUCUCUGAUGGAGACUGGUCUCCCUGCACGACGGACGUGUCCGAGCCCAUGUCGCCCAAGAGUGACUCGGAGCUGAUGGUGAAGCCGACAGAGAGCAUGCUCAGGGCCGAGUCCCACAUGCAGUGGACCUGGGGGGAGUUCCCAGAAUCCACCAGGGUCAACAAAAAGGACAAAUCAGAGCCAAAGACGUUGACCAUCACCCCCUCAGAGAACACACACUUCAGGGUUAUUCUGAGCUCAGAGGCGAUGGAGGACGACUCAAGAGAAAAACAGAGAACAGCAGAUCCUGUCUGCAGCAUUGUAAAACCGGAGCCUCGGACCAUCAAACCGCAGCCUCCUAAAGCGUCAUUACACGAUACAAACAUUACCGAACCCAAACCGCCACUUUCAGGUUUAAUGUCGAGCAGCUUUACCUCAGAUCCAAAUCCAACUCACUCAGAACUCAGCACAAAUAACGUACGCAAGACCAGGUGGACGUCUUCACCGCCGAGCUGCAGGGCCAACGGCUCUGUCAGCGUAGGAAGUAACCCGGCUGGAGACCCAGCAGCUGUUGGUCCCGAUACAAGAGGCUCCCCUAAAACCACCGACUCACCCAACAAGAGGAGAGGUGUGAGGAAGAGGAGCCAACAUCAGGGACCUGAAGACAUUUACCUGGAAGACCUGAAUGUACUUGAACCUGACGUUGCUGCUCGGUAUUUUCCAAAAAGUGAGUCUGAGCAGGUUCCUAAACACUGGGUGGAGACUGGGCGGCACUCUGGAUCCCAGUCGCCUCAGUCGGUGGGCAGCGCUGCAGCCGACAGCGGCACCGAGUGUUUGUCCGACUCUGCCGGCGACCUGCCUGACGUCACGCUGUCACUGUGCGGGGGCGUCGGAGAGAACUCAGAGAUCCCUAAAGAGAAAUUCAUGGAGCACAUCAUCACCUACAACGAAUUUGCUGAGAAUCCAGCGAUUAUCGACAAUCCAAACUUGGUGGUUAGAAUUGCUAACAGGUAUUACAACUGGACACUGGCAGCACCAUUGAUACUUAGCAUGCAAGCUUUCCAGAAGAACUUGCCAAAGGCUACAGAGGAGGCCUGGGUGAAGGAGAAAAUGCCAAAGAAGUCUGGACGCUGGUGGUUCUGGAGGAAGAGCAGCGUGAAACAGUUAUCAUCAGAGACCAAGUUGGAGCGACAGGAGUCUCUGACCAGAGAGAGUCCUGCCCUCCAGCAGGCCCCAGAAACACAACAGAAAGCUGCCGAGUGGUCGAGCGAUGAUGAGACUAAAGAGCUGAACGCCGUGGCGCCUGCUCUGACACCUACUGAGCGCGUGCAGACUGAAGGCCCAGCACCGUGUCACUCUUACAAGAAAUCCCUCCGCCUGUCGUCCGACCAAAUAGCCAGCCUGAAGCUGAGGGAUGGACCGAACGACGUCACCUUCAGCAUCACCACCCAGUACCAGGGAACGUGUCGCUGUGAGGGAACCAUCUACUUGUGGAACUGGGACGACAAGGUCAUCAUCUCCGACAUCGAUGGCACCAUCACCAAAUCCGACGUGUUUGGUCAGAUUCUGCCUCAGCUUGGUAAAGACUGGACUCACCAGGGAAUCGCUAAACUUUACCACUCAGUUAAAGAGAAUGGUUACAAGUUCCUGUACUGUUCGGCCCGAGCGAUCGGCAUGGCUGACAUGACUCGAGGAUAUCUGCACUGGGUGAACGACCGAGGGACCCUCCUGCCUCAGGGACCCCUCAUGCUCUCCCCAAGCAGCCUCUUCUCUGCCUUCCACAGAGAGGUCAUAGAAAAGAAGCCUGAGAAGUUCAAGAUCGAGUGCCUCACAGACAUCAAGAACUUGUUCUUCCCAAACACGCAUCCUUUCUACGCCGCCUUUGGAAACAGAGCGAGUGAUGUGUUUGCCUAUAAGCAAGUGGGUGUGCCAGUGUGCCGGAUAUUCACAGUGAAUCCCAAAGGGGAGUUGAUCCUGGAACAAGCCAAAGGCAAUAAAACAUCAUACAGCCGGCUGAGUGAGCUGGUGGAGCAUGUUUUUCCUUUACGGAGUACGCAACACAACGCCACCUUCAGCUGCCCGGAGUUCAGCUCCUUCUGCUACUGGAGAGAACCGAUCGCUGAGGUUUGCUUUGAGGAGCCGCUUUAACUCAAAUGUCUUCAGUUUCUUACUUGAAAUCAGCUGAACUCAGUAAUUUAUUCAACAGCUGUGUGCACUUGUGCAAUACCGACGACGUUUGAGUCUCGUGUCGGCCACUGGAUAGUUUGAUAUCGUCUUGGACACAUUCUGCUUUAGUGGAACAGUUUGAAUGUUUCCGUAUUUUUUUUUUGUGCAACACAAUCUUCUCAAUUAAGGGUUUAUUCCCUUCACGCACUUCCAGAAUAAUCUUUGUGUUGGAGCUGCACAGAAUAGUUGUAUUUGAGACUUUUGGCGUGUAUGACUGUCAAAACUAUGAAGAAUCUGCUGUUGUUCUUACCAUUUGCACAGUUUAUGUUACAAUACAUAUGAGAAUAAGUUGCCUCAGCACUUAUUUAGAUGGUGGAGUUGAAGAAAACUGGCCAACGUGAAACAAAACUACUGACUGUAGUGCUCCUUUGAGAACUCCACGGUGUAUUAUAGCCGUGUAGUCGUCCUUUAGGGCCUCCUUUGCUCUUUAUUUAUUGUAUUUUUGCUCCAAAGCUAAAGGAUUUUGCACUUGUAUGCUAAGAAGUAAAAUGUGCUCAUAGUUAAAAACUGCAUUACUGCAAUAUAGGAGAAACAACAAUCACUUUCUGAAAUGUAAAUAUCGCUGCUAUUUGGUAAGUAUUUUUCUAAAUCAAGAUUUAGUUAGACUAUAUAACUAUUUUUGAUGAAUUCUGACCCUUUGCUGAUGUUUUUGCCAGAUGUUGCUGUUGUGAAAACUGCAGGAUAUGAAUGUCUUUUUGUUUGUGUUAUUUUCAUGCUCAGUAACAGCCGUCAGUCAAAUUUACCGCAUUCUUUCUAUGAAAGUGAUAAACUUUGUGUGAAGAAACCACACAGUAUUAUCAUAGUUUUUUGAAGUUGCUGCUGCUUCAGGUCUUUUUCUGUAGAUUGUUGUGAUUACCUUGUAAACCAGUUUACAUUAAGAUGUAACCAUUAAAGCACAAUGGAUGACUGAAGGUUUUGAUAAAUGUGUUGGACUGUGUGAGGGGUGAGAUUUGAAAACAUGAAUAAUUUGUAAAGUGCGCCAAAACUGUAGAUUUGCUGUAGUAAACUAGUAUAGUGUAUUUAAUGUUUAUUAUUGUACAGAUAAAUAGGUAAAACAGAUGUCUUACGUUGGAUGAUGCUUUAAUAAAAGUUUGUAUUUGAAA